CAGCCUGGACGCAGAGCAAAAGGUCAACAAGUCCAGGGUUCUCAUACGAUACUCGGACGCCAUCAGCUCCUUGUCGGCGGCAGCGCUCUCACCACGAGUUGCUUCCGUUGCGCUAGGAGACUUGGCAACAUUCCCAAAGCGCCACGAUAUCAUCGCAGAGCUCGAAACUACAAGCAACGGCUACACUGUCUUCGUGCGUGCUAGCGAUGUUACGCUACCGGCGGACGCCACAGCCAACGGCGCCCUGUACUCGUUCCGCACAGACUUCCGCGUCCCUACAGAUGAUGAUGCUAUCAGUCUCAUUCGCAAUGGCGUGGCGCCCCUGCUCGAACGUUUUGUUGUUCCUCCUCAUGAACUUCCACGUCAACACACACGGUGGGUCAUCAAUGGUGCAAAGCUAUUGACCAUGGAUGCUGACUCCAAGUUCAACCUCGAAUACACCGAACCAGCCAUCGUUCAACGAGGCGAUCAGGUCUGUGCCUUGGUAAGAAUAACCGGCAUAGAUCCGCUAGCUCCGAAGCAGCUGAAGUGGGACGCUUGGUACUACAGUUUCUACGUCUACGCACAAGCAACUCCCAGUGGCGAGGAGAUCGUCAUUCCAAACAGCGAGAAGAUCAGAUGGUUGAAACGACCCAAGACAGAUAAAGAUGCGGAUCCGGACUUUCGCAACACCCCAGGAUGGCAAGUUGCACUGCUGUUGACCUCCACUUUCGACGGGUAUCUGGGUACCAGAGUCGAAGGUCGGAACCAGGUCCGCAUUAUGGUCAAUCGCCUUACGGUCCCGACCCUCCCCAUUGCUGAAUCUUUCAGCAGUGGCCUUACGGAUCCUGCCCUUCCCAAUCCCACCUCCGCUUCGAUUGCAUCAAUCAGAGCCCUAAUUCCAUGUCAGGUCAAACCCUUUGCAGAAGGCGGCGGCGGCGUCCUCAUCACAGCCAAGCCUUCGGUGUUGCAAAGCCUCACUUACACCAUUGGCAGCAUUGUGCUCCGAGACCACAGUAUUGACUCAGUGGUGGAGGUUCUCACCAGUAUGCUGCGGCGACUCAUAACGGGCAGUGACCUCCGGGAAGUGUUCGCGCGAGGUUGCAUCACGGCCGAUCAGGUUAAUGAGGAUGUAAAGGAUGGUCUCGACAUACUGCCGGCGCCUCCAUGUACUUCCAACGACCGGUCCACUCAUUGGCAUGUUUGUGCGGCUUGUCUGGACGGUUUUCCUUGUUCGCUGUUUGACUCACCUUCCCAAUCCCCGCUCGUUUGUGGUCCUUGUGCUGCAGAUGGCAAGGCCAUAGGGUGGAAACUUGGCAUGCAAGUGUCUGCGGAAGAAGCGCCCUCAUCAGAGUUGUUGCAGGGUAAAUACCCAUUGGGAACGCCAGCGACAGUUGCCCUUGCUAAAGGAUUCGCCAGAGGGGUUCAUUUCUAUUGCCAGCUUGCAGUCAUAAAGGAAGAUCGACUUGGACGUUUUGGUUGGAACCUGGAAGCCAAGAAGCAAGAGACAGAGAAGAUUAUGGCAACCGUGAGGGAAACCCAUCAAGCAGACAAGGCAACAACCUGGCAAGAUCAUUACGUCAAACAGAACUUGGACGAGAGACUGGACAAGACGCUUGUUUGGCAUGGGAAAUUCCACAAUAUGUUAGUGCCGUCUGUCGAAGGACUCAAACUGAUUUUCUUCCAAGAUGGCAGUUCUCGAUAUCAUGCGGAGGGCAAUGUCGCUGUCACCACUUGGGCUAUGAAUUUGAUGCUGGGAUCAAACCCUAAGGUAAUCGCAAAGGCACUCAAGCAAUACCUUGCUGCAUCGAACCUGGACGAAUACCAAUCGGCCAUCAUCCUCCUGCAGCGGUGCAUAAUUCUUCGCUGCGAACUGGAGUUGAACAGAAGAUGGAAGAGAAUUGGCACACCUGAGACGCCUUACCUCCGAAUGAUGGAAUUGGCCUACCAUGGAGGAGUGCUUCCCGAGCGACGCUAUGUUCCUAGGAAUGUGUUCUCAAGUGCUGGAACAUCGAUUAACAGAAUCAUCGUAAAGCCGGAAUGGCUGCCACCAAAUUACGAAUAUCUUGUCACACGGAUGGAGAAGGUUGCUGCUCGUUACGGCUUUGAUACCGCUGAUCGAGAUCUCUGGACAUUGAAUGACCCUGUCAUUACUGCUGGGAAAGAGGUCCCAUUCAUCUUCUCACGCGAUUCUCUCGUUGUUUCUUGGACUUGGUGGGAAUGCUACCACUGGUUCUGCGAGCGCUUGGAACGACUCAAAAUCAUGUGUGAUAACCAUUCGCAAGAAGCGUAUAAGGACAAUCCCGAGUCGAGGAUCACUCUGAACAUCGAGAGAUUCAUCCUUGCACUCCUCCACAUACAUAUGUGGAAGCUGGAACGCAAUCGUGAUGUGGAGAAACAAUGGCCUGGGCAACGCCUUAGAGCUCUGGACGAUGGCGGUCUUGAAUCAUGGUGCAACAUUAGGACUCCACUUUCGCAGAGUGUGGCUCAUUUCAUCCAUGGCGCUGUCAUGUUGACAGGUUUCCACAAUCUCAGGGCCCAGACGUUUUUGACCAUGAAAAGCGGAACAUCAUCCCAGAGACUUGGCUUGUCAACGGAGGACGAGAGUUUUGGAUCGGGCACUUCUGAAGACGACGAAGCGGAGCAAUCUGAUAACUCCAGUGGAGAGAGCGCAGGAGCAAGAGCGGAUCGGUAUGCGAAGCGCUUUGGCUUUGGCGCCCUCACCUAUCGUCAAAAGGAGCAUGACAAAGAGAUUGGUGUUUCUGGUACUCGGAAAGCUGCUCACUCAGCUGACUUGGACAGGGAGAGAGCUAAUAGCCGCUUUGCUGCAUCAGCUCUAGCAGAGAACAAUAAGGCAGUGCGCCGGGAGAGAGAUGCACUGCGCCUGGAGAAAGAGGAAGUGUACCGACAGAAGGCUGAGAUUGCUGAGGCAAAGGCGUUGCUUGCACGACGGGAGCAAGAUCUGGCACGUCGUGAGGCGAGAGUGAUUGCUCGAGAACUUGCUGUUCAGACCCGGGAACGUGCGCCCAGCGAACGUCACCGAGAACUUGAUGAUCGUGAGGCCGCCGUGGCUAGAAGAGAGACCGAGGUCCAGUCAAAGGGGGCUCCACCGACGGUCGAUCAGUUCCGCAAGACCGCCGGCGACUUCAUCAACUCUCUUGGUCUCUGGCAUGAUCACCUUGGCAAACAGUUCAACGCGUUGCAGGCUCAAUCCGAUCCGUCUGCUGCACCCACAAUCCUGACUACACCUACACAGCCACCACUUGGGACUACGCCUGCACACCCCUUUGGCAAAAUAGGUGUCACUCCGUGGAACUUGGCCACAGCUCUCGGCUCAGGAGCACCUGCUCUCACACCAAUUGUGACGUCUGGUCAGUCAUCCGCGACUAGGAUUAGCGACGUCCCGCCAGCAUCCUUCAAGCCUCCUUUCCAGUUACCGCCCCCUGUGCCAGCGUCUCCCACUAAGCCCUAUGAGCCUGGUUACCGCACACCGGCCUCUGUUCUGCGACCAGAUACGCCCGAAGUCCAAAUCACAGCCACAGGUCCACGACCAGGACAGCCGGGAAAUCGUGUACCUGGAAUUCAGCUGCAAUCACUGAGAGACAAGCUCUUCGAACCACCCAGAUCACAUUUGAGCGAGCAGGAGAUGUCGCAACUGGCCCCCCUACAAGCCUGGGGUACGGCAUCGGCAGAGAGCGCUACGCAGCCUUUUCGUGGACCAAACUCCACAAGCCCAACUCCUGCUCGAAGUCCUGCUUCAAGUCCUGCUCCAAGUCCUGCCCGAUCUUCACCUUUGUCUCCGACAAAAAUUCCACGCCCAACGACAUCGCUGGCUGGCACAGCUGCAAGCCUGACAGGACAGGCACAACAGAGUACUCGGGUUCAAUUCCAGAUCCCACCACAGAUUCAGCGUCCCAAGACAUCACAAGCCGGAACAGCUGCAACUCCGGAGAGACGUCCAGUAACCUCAUUCGGUCAUCAACAAACCUCCCCAUUGAGGCCUGGGACCAAGCGAGAGGCAGAGUCGCCAUUGAGGCCCGGACCACCAUCCAGAGGUACUCCAGGCUCGCAUGGUUACAGUAACAUCAUCGAUGUCAUGGGUCGUCGGCAAGGAGCUCUUGAGAUGGAGUACUACAUUCAGCGUCCUGGAGUUCAAGCACGAUGGGAGCCGGCCUCGAAAGUGAAAAAGGAGUCGCCAGAGCUUGUGGCAGACUACGACAAGAAACACCCUGAACCUUAG